AACACAAUGACUUAAAGAUCAAGCACAAGUGUUAAAGGAAACUGAAAGUUUGCUACCUAUGAUGGUUUUAAUGCUUCAGAGGGUCAUCGUUUGCAGACGUUCCUCUUAGUCAUGCCGUCAGGUAUUAGCUGUGUCAACUCGCUGCUGUAAAGUUGGGCUGAUAAGUGCCGGAGUGCGACAUAAAUGAUCAGCGUCACGGUCAUUGUUGUUGACACAGUUUCAGACAGACAUGGGGAGGGCAGGGUUAUAUGAUCCCAGCUCCUGUGUUCAGCCCUCCUCAUCAGGCCACUCCUCUACAGCAGGCAGUGUUCCUCUCAGUAGGCGAGUCCCAGUUGUGUUUGUGUGCUCUCAUUCACACAGGGACAUUUCUACAGGACGCAUCUCAGUCUCAGAGUUUGACAGUUUUCUCAAAGACAUGGUGACCGUCAAUGUUGUCCCUGAUCACCAGUAAAACACAGCCUACAGGACGCCAAGGAGCUGACAUGGAGGGCAACGGAGAGAUCAGUGACACUGACAGUGGCAUCAUUCCAGAGUCUGGCUCCGACAGCCCGACCACUCAUACCAAGGAUGUGACCACACACACCCGGGCCAUGAAGCUGAAACACCAGGCUCUGCAGGACCGACUGGAGCUCUGUAUCCUGGAGCUGAAGAAACUCUGCAUCCGUGAAGCUGAGUUGACAGGACGUCUGUCAGAUGAUUACCCUCUACUGCCUGGAGAGAAACUUCCAAAGAUCCGCAGAAGAAUCGGAGCUGCCUUUAAAUUGGACACACAGAGAAUCCCUCAGGGAAUGGAGGAGUCAGAACUUAGUUUGGUUGAUGCUGAGUUGGCUCUGCAAACAAAAAUAUACGAAGCCGCGCGGAAGCUCUGCCAGGAGGACCACACCAGCAAGGCUGUUAAAAAGAGUCGUUUACAGCAGUGUAAGAGAGAGGAGAGGAAGCUCAAACAGCUGCAGGAGACGACCUUUCAGCUGCGCAUGAAGCACGGUCGAUCGUCGCCACUCCCUGCUUUUAACAUUGCACAACAAGAUCUGGGCACCUCUGAUGACAGCUCUCUGUCUGAUUCUGUAGUUCAGGACGAAGAGGUAACAAGCCAGUCGUCACAGCCGUCUUUGGUACUGCCAUAUUCAGCGGUGGUGGACGGCCCUCAGCCCCCCACUGAGAGGUCACAGUUGUCUGUGGAUGGCUCCUCUACACCAGUGGACCAACAGUCUCUGCUGCUGACUCCUCAUAAACCAGCCCACCUGGGCUACGACUCUUCACUCAGCUUGAACUCCAGCCCAGUGUACGAUGAUCCUCCAAUCCAACACUCGCCGUGGACAGAGACCAGUCUGGACCAGCCUUACCAGAAGAGCAAGAAAAAUCGCUCCUCUGCCAAAAACAGCCCAGUCAAAGCUGAAGUGUUGCCACCACUGGAGGCCUGUUUAGCAAAGUCCGCUCUGCCUGUGCAGCUGUCUCAUCUGAAGCUGACCCGCGCUCACUCCAACAGCACACCAUCCACACCAGAGAUGCGUGUGCACAGACAGCUGUCUCUCAGGUUGUCCAACCCAGACUCUUCGUUUGACAAGGACCGUGGUCGUUCCAGAGGUCCAAGACGACGACUGACAGAAUACACCAUAACACUACCAGAGGCCAGGGGGUACUAUGGCAGCCAUACCAACUCUGAGGACAGUAACUCUGAACACUCGUUUUCAUCAUACAACAGCUCCCCCUGUCAGGAGUUUCCCUGUGAUUUGCCCAAACAGUACCAGCCUUCUUCACCAUACUGUAGUCCCCUUGUGAACUGUGGAAUUCAAGCCUUCCCACGCUCCGGCUUUUACCACAAUCAAAGCUACACGUCCAGCCCCUCUUAUCACAAUCCUUAUUACAACGACAUUGCCUACUCACCUGAGUCAGACUCAGCGCAGAGCUAUUACGCCCAGCAGGUUACCUGUCCCCCCGGCAGGUAUGAGUAUCGGUAUAAGGACCCUGCUGUGUCUCUCCAGAGAACACAGAGGCCUUUACCUCCUGAUAUCAGACUCUCACCGUCUCCAGCUCAGUGGGACCACCCACACUACAACCACAGCGGCCUCUCGCGACAGGUAGUGAAUGAACAGCUCAAGUCUUGGCACCGUCGCAGUCAGCUGAAAUCACCCAGAUCUCGAUCCCUCGAUCGACAGGGUGCAGUCCGAAUGAAGAACAUGCAGCUGCGGGAGUCGCCCAGUUACCAAAGUCCAAGGGGUCAAGAACGGGUUGUCCAAAGAGCUGCAGACGACAGUCAAAGCCACUGGGUGGUAGACGACGGCUCUCACUACAUCAGUCAGGUAUAACGAAAAGAAACUCACACAGACCAUUUUAUACACCUGAAGUCUGCAGAUGGAUGGAUUUUCCAAUUGACCAAAACAAGUUGGAAAAUAGUUUUUC